AUGUCGGACAAAGACCAGCCCCCCGACAAGACCGCCACAGCGAACAGCCCCGUCCCCGGCGGGGCGCGUGGCGCGCCUGCCCCGGGGUUCACGCGCGACAUCAACGCUUCGCUCGUGGCCGAGUUCAGGCGCCUGGCUAUGCUGAACGGGUGGAAGAAGAAGGGGAAGCCGUACAAGGAGGAGCGGCGGAAAGUUUUCCGGGACUGGGCCAUGGAGGAUUUCGAGCGUAUAUUCGGACGGAACAACAACAGCUUGGAGUCGUGGCAGAGACUCUGUCGCCUCCUGGGAAUAAGCGAGGGUAUCACACUGGGUACUGUGAUAGAGUGCAGGCGGGUGUUGAACGAUGUGUAUGUGAACAUCAUCGAUCUCAUCGACGCUUGUAAAACUCCAGACGAGAAGCCCAAGAUAUUUGCUACGUCCAAGGAGCUAGCCAAGUACAUACGGAAGACGGGGAAGAUCUUCCCUCGGGAUAAAGCCAAGUUUAGCCCUCUUCUGUCCAAAUUCCUGAUCUCGUUGGCGGAUGGCGGAGGAGGCGGAGGUAGUGGGAGCGCGGGUAGGCGGCGUAGGCGCAAGGCUAAGAAGGCGGACACUGAGGCUAAGACGGCGGAGGAGGCGAAGGCCAAACCGACUGUUAAUGCAACGGCGGUUGUAACGAAGGCAGAUGGGAAGGGCAAGGACGCCUGA